UGAGAGUCAGUCAAAGCACUGAUCCAAAGCAUCAGAAGAGAAAAAGACGUGAGGAAAUAAACAGUUGUGCAUCAGAAAGAGACUAUCAUGGCAUCGUUAAAUCUCGGGUUCAACGGGGCUCGUAAAAAAGCUGUAGCGCGUAUCAGAGCCGUAGAGAGGAGGAAUCUGAUCACCGUUUGCAGGUUCUCAGUGAAGACCCUCAUUGAUCGCUCAUGUUUUGAGACGAUAGACGACACAUCUGCUGAGUUCAUCAACUUUGUCUCCAUUCUAGAACAUAUUCUCAGCCAUAGACUGAAAGGUCAGGUCAGCUGGUUUGGCUACGAGAGCCCGCGCAGUUUCUGGGAUUACAUACGUGUGGCGUGUAGUAAAGUCCCGCACAGCUGCAUCCAUAGCAUCGAGAACAUGGAGAACGUCCGCAGCUCUAGAGCAAAGGGUCGUGCCUGGAUGAGAGUGGCGUUAAUGGAGAAGCGUUUGUCUGAAUACAUCUCUGCAGCUCUGAGAGACUUCAAAACUACAAGGAGGUUUUAUGAGGAGGGGGCUGUAGUUCUGGGUGAGGAGGCGGGGCUUCUGGCAGAUACACUGAUUGGACUGAAUGCCAUUGACUUCAGUUUCUGUCUGAAAGGGGAGGGGCUUGAUGAGAGCUGUCCUGUCGUCAUUGACUACACACCAUACCUUAAAUUCACACAAACUUCUGACAGCAUCAGCAGUGAUGAGGAGGAAAUGAGAACGAUGGGCAGCAGCGGCAGUGAAGCAGGCACUCCUGAAUCCCACAUGGCCGCCAGUCUGAUGGCCGAUCCGAGCACCUGGUACAGCAAGAGCAAAAGACUAGAGCAGAAAUACAGAGUCGUGCUGGAACAGAAGGGUUAUCUGGAGGAGCUGGUGCGUCUGAGGGAAGUUCAGCUCUCUGAGUCUGUCUCUCAGAAUAAAUCUCUACUGCAGCGGCUCACAGACACCGAAAUCAGCCACAAACUGGAGAAAGAGCAGCUGGAGAUCAUCAUACUGGAGCUGCAGGAUCAGCUGACUGUGAUGAAGAACUAUGACCUUCGCUCCAGACAGGAGCUUACCUCGCACCUGACAAACCAAUGGCCCUCACCUGCUGCCUUGGAUACCAAUGCAGUUGCCUUGGAUACGCUCCUGUACAGGAAAUGCACAGGACCAUGGGAAGAGAAAAGCUUCCAGAGUUUGGAGCAGCUUUCUGCAGAUACGAGUCUCUCUCAGAUGUCUCUGGAUCCAGCACAACUGAACACACACAGUCUGGAGAGCAAGGCAGGACUUACACACUGGCACAGAGAAGGGAAAGAGGAUACUCCGUCUCUGAGGGGUUUGUGUGGUUCCUUAACCUCAAUGGCCAGUUACAAAUCUCUAGCCAGUCUGAAGUCCAGCGAGUAUCUGGCCAGUCCAACAACAGACAUGACCAGCCCAGGACUGACUCCAUCCUGAGAGACAAGUAUGGACAUACUGUAUAAAUGCAUACACAAACACACCAGCCUGCUUGAGAUGGUGUGGGCUUCAAAUUGAAGUGAAGAAAGAAAAGCUACCUAUCGGUAUCAUCCUCAGAGCUUCUAAGAGACAUUUCAGCUAGACAAGAUGAAACCCCAGUGCUAUCCCGACUGGUUUUAGUUUAAUUUGAAGUGCAAAUCUGAAGUCCAUAGCUAGUGUAAGCAUUAGCAUUAGUGAAUAUUGAGCAUAAUGUAUCACGAUGAAUGACAGUCUUGACUCAGGACAUCAGUGAAUUUCAGUUGUUUGUGAAAUUUUGUUUAUCUACCCAGUUCAAAUGUUUGCUGUUUUUGGAAAGUCUAUAGAUAAAGGUUUUCAUGGUGUUUUAUUUUUGCUUCUGCUCAUAAAAUUUGUCCUGUGUGGAAUUAUACUGAAUUAUUAAUAAACUUUGAUUUAACUUCAGUGCCCCAUCGAAACUUAUAGUUUAUAAAAAAAACAAAAACAGCAUAGCACAUCACAGCUAUACUAGCACAGCUAUGUAGGAAAUAUUUUUAUAUAUUUAAUUUAAUAUUUUAUUUUAAGAAAAAAUUCUAGUUGCAAGCCUCCUCUUAAAUCCACAUUUCAUUGUAAAUUAUAUCAAUUAUUGUGAUUAAUCUGGCCCCUCUCUACACAUUUUGGUCCCCUUUAAUAAAAACUAGAAUCAGCAUGCCAAGUAAAAUACAUUUUAAACUAUUUUUUAACACCGCUUUCAAAAUAUUAACAUGAACAUAUAGCUGUGUUAUUCAGUAAGAAAAAUAUUUAGGACGUUAAUCUAAUUGUAUCCAUCAGAAAUUGUUUGGAUUGUGAGAAAUGAGUGAUCUGUAUCAAAAUGGAAAAGCUGGAGCCCUAAUAUUGUUGAAUUGUCCAAUUAGGACAGAAUUGUGAACAACAAACAUUGCUUUGUUCAUUUGCCAUCAUUUGUCUUUUUAGGGAGUAAGAGGAAUGUGAUUUCAGAAAAUUCUCUGGUGUGCUGAAUGUGGAUGUGUAUACAUUUAUUUCUCGUCUCUGGCUUUUAACUGAAGUGUUUGAGAUUCACUCUGUCCUCUUAUGUGGAGAGGUUUUACAUAUUUAUGAGUUCUGUCAUUUACAUAAUCAUACUGCACUCAAACAUCGGUUUUGCAUUUUUUCCCACCGUCACUCACAGAUAGUGGCUAAUGUGCACUGGUGUAAAGCAUUGCCAUGCAUUUAUAUAAUUAAUAAGAAUAAUAUGGAUGAUAAAUAAUAUGAUGCAUAAUGGACUGGAACAAGAAUGUAUUCAGAAUCUAAAGCAAAGAUCUUUAACUUCACCUGUAAACAUCUGAACUAGUGUUGUCAAUUUAAUGGGAUUAAUUAUUAAAAAAAAAAAGUAAGAAAAACAAUAUUCAAGUUAAUCAUUUCCUCUAAUUUGUACGUAAAUGUUGUCAUUUUCCUACCUCCAGAGCAAAUCAAGAUUAAAGUACCACUUUGUUUUUGACUGUAUAAUGAGGCUGUGGACUAUAGGCCAGUGGUGUUCAAUGAGACGGACAUAAAUUAUAUAUUGACUUCAAAGCCAAUAUAUAUAUAUACAGUAUAUUUUAAUGUCCAUUCCAUGCUUUUCUCAUCUGCUGCAGUUAUCA